CCGGCGGUCUUCCGCCGCAUCCGGUCGGCCAUUUCGCCGUUGUGUGCUCCCAGUUUACUGCAGGUGGAAAUCGUCUCCGUCUAUGGGUACUUUCUGCAACACCCUGGUUGUCUCGUUCCUAACACUGUGUGCAGCUUCUGCAACCGGAAGCAUCCUGUGCGGUAGCUCUGUGGAAUAUGCUCUCUCAAAUCCUUCACACCAUUGUUUGCUGCACAAUUCCACCACCUCUGCGGUUGCCACCGCCAUUGUCGUCCAUCACUCCAAGGUAUUGGGGGUCUUUCCACAAUUGCCUGGUAGACCACUAGAGAUCCCAGUCCAGCCCGAGGGAAGUGUGCUCAGCCUUGGCUCACAACUCACUGUCUGUUAUACGUUGUUGGUGGGGGACUGUGAACAGACUGUUAGAGGGUCAGAGAGAAUUAUCAGAGAUGCUCAUCAGCAAGCCACGUUGGAAAACCAGGGGCGAGCCAAUACUCAAAAGAAUGACCAUGGGAAGAUGUUUGUCUGGUCUGUAGUGGCGCUGCUUGUGCUACUUCCACUGGCUACUGCCUCGUUUCUGUGCUGCCACGGAGAGGGAAAAGGCAGUGGGUCCAUGAAGACUCGUACGUUAAGCAAAAAGGAUAGGAAAGGUAUUGCUGCCAGCACUGAUAUCAGCAUCAAUAUCACUGACAGUGACCAUCCACUGGGGUCAAAGCUGUUCACUACAUUCCAUAAGUCAGAUGAGGCCAAGUCUGAGGAUUCAGCUGCAGUUCUCAGUAGAGCAAGUAGCCCACAAUUUGCUGCCACUCUGCUGGAAGACCCAACUUUCCGUUCCACCCAACACCUGCUGGAGUCCUCUCUCGAUGUCGGGACCCGAGACAACACUCAUGGUGUCCAACACGGUACCUCACUCUCGAGCAUGCUCUCCCUGGGACCCAGAGUUCCUCCUGAGGGGAGCUCUCUGGACAACCUGGCAGCCAUUGAUAAACCUGUCACUCCACUACUCCUUUCCUCACCUUCGCAUAAACCCCCAGACAUGCCUCCUCCCCCCACUGUUCCACCUCCUCCCUCACAUCUCCGCCAACACUCCACCCCAGUCUCUUUCCCUCCCCCACUAUCUCCACAGCUGAAAAUGCGCCCUCUCACCGUCAUUGGAGAGCCAAAACAUCAGAGGUCUUCAGGGCCUCCAGCACUACCUCCUAAGCCAAACUCUCACAAUUCUUCCCCUCCGCUGUCUCCCAUCUCUCUCUCUGAGAGUGAGGCACUGAGUCCUGUGAGACCAGGUCGUGUACGGCCAUACCGGGUAGUCCACCAGCCAUCCCUCUCCCUUUGUUCCCUCCCUCACAUCCCCCAUUCCUCGGAUGGAACUCUCUGCACCCAGUGUGGGGCUAGACUGGUUGCUGAUGAUGAGCCACUCCAUCUGGUGGAGUCAGGACCUGAAAGUGCUAAUGGUGCAGGAGAGCUGUGUCAUCAAUGUCAGACCAACAACUCUCACUAUCAUGAACUGGAAGGCUCAGACAAAGACUUUUCACCUCCUAUCCCUCACCGCAAUGGCUCUCCUGAACCAGACCCACUCUAUGAGAGGAUUGGAAGCAUUCGCAGACAGCACAUGAUGUCAACCAGAAAAGAUGAUAUGUCACAAACCACCUCCAAACCUCGUCCACCUGUACCUUCGCCAGUACACUCUCCGAAUCCUUUUACUGGUUCCAGUGCAACCUGCUUCCUGCCUCCUGAGGAUAAACACCAUUUUCCAAAAUGUCCCCUUCCCUCAGAGGGAGCACCUUUGCCACCUCGUCCCCCUACUCUUGGCCUGGUGAUGGGGGAGUCAGUCACAGACCAUAACUAUGAGAGGCUACCCUCAACAUUUGGUGUGGAUAGUCCAGAAGACUCAAUGUAUGCCCACAUUACGACACCUGAGGCUGAGCCGGAGUCUCCUCCAUAUAUCCCAGAAAACAGCCAGAGAGCACAGAUGCUCAAAAUUGACUCUCAAGGCUAUGCUGAGGUUGUUUCCAAAGAAGAAGAAGAGGAAGAGCCCAAAACUCCAGAUCCAGGCUACUCCCCGAUUCUCCCUCUCUCUCCAGCCAGUCAAGCUGUGGCCAGUGACUAUGAGGUCCCAGUGAGAGUUGCUCCACUUCCUCCAUCUCCAUCUUUCCUUUAUCCUUCACCAACUCACUCCCAUCCUUCUCCCAUUCGUGUUACUUCCCCACAAUUCUCCAACCUCGACAAAGUCCCUCCAUCACUGCCACUGCCUUCCGAACGACAGGUUGCUCCACUUUCUCCAUCGCCCUCUCCAUCUCUCCUUCAUCCUUCUGCAACUCGAUCUCAUCCUUCUCCUAUUCCUGUUGCUACCCUAAUGCCACCAUUCUCCAACCUUGACAAAGUCCCUCCGUCGCUGCCACUGCCCUCCGAGCACACUACUACUGGCCCAUUUCUGAGAAGACAAGGAGCUGUUGCUGAGAAUUCACAGCCUCUUCCUACUCGCUCAGUCCGUGUGCUACCCCAGAAAGAACAGCACUCAGAGGAUACACGCAGGGACUCCAGUGGUUCAACAGCUAGCUAUCACUCGUCUUAUCGCCUGUCUAAUGCUAGUAGUGGACUAGGAGAGAGUAUGACAGAGUCCCUCUUAGCCAUAGCCGAGGAAGAAGGGGGUGAUGGAGUGGAGAGAAAUGGCGAAAGGCGCACAAAAACAGAGCCGGUGAUCAUCAAGCAAAAACUAUAUGAAGUUGAAAAUCGCUCACGAACUAAGAGUUACCCUAACCCUGACACGAGACCACCAGCAACAGCC